ACCGCCCACCCCACUCGGGCCUGAGCUCAGCCUCCCCACACUGCAGCAGAAGAAUGGAAUGUGUGGAGUUAAAGGAUCUAUUCACUGUCGCCCACUUCAUAAAGGCCAGGUGUGACCACGGCCUGAAAGCUGGAGAUCCUGCCAACUUCAAGAAUUAUGUUUUUUUUGAGGUGGAGAUUCUGGACCCCAAGAGCAAAGCUCAGCUCUGCUACCUGGACAAGGUGGAGCCCAACGCUACAGUCGGAGAAAUCAAGAAUCUGCUGCACAGACUGUAUCCUAAGUGGUAUCCAUCCAGACAGGCCCUAAAGCUGCACCCGGAGGGAAAAGCCCUGAAGGAUGAAGAAGUUCUGGAGGAUCUGCCGGUGGGAACCACAGCCACCAUGUUCCUGCAGGACCUCGGACCACAGCUGAGCUGGACGAUGGUGUUUCUGGCUGAAAGCAUUGGGCCGCUCUUCAUCUAUCUGCUCUUCUAUUACCGGCUGCCGUACAUCUACAGCCCUGAGUAUGACUACACUAAAAGCCCACACACUGUCGUCAGACUUGCCUGUAUGUGCCACUCUCUGCAUUACAUCAAGCGGUUGGUGGAAACCAUCUUUGUCCACCGCUUCUCUCACGGAACACUGCCAGUGCAAACCAUCAUGCUGAACUGCCUGUAUUACUGGGGGUUUGCAGCGUGGCUGGCCUACUACAUCAACCACCCUCUCUACACAACACCGACUUAUGGAAAACUGCAGAUCUGCUGUGCACUGUUGACGUUUUUGAUCUGUGAGUGUGGAAACUUCUCCAUUCACUUGGCUCUCAAUCGGAUCAGGUGCAAUGGGUCCAGGCCCAGACAGAUUCCUUACCCGACUAAAAACCCCUUCACCUGGCUCUUCUUCUUCGUCUCCUGCCCGAACUACACAUACGAGGUGGGCGCCUGGCUCAGCUUCGCGGUGAUGACGCAGUGUGUUCCAGUCGCACUGUUUACGUUUGUAGGCUUUGUACAGAUGACCAUCUGGGCUCGGCGAAAGCACAGAACCUACCUGACGGAGUUUAAGGACUAUCCUGAGCUCAGAAGUGCCAUCGUUCCUCUCUUCCUGUAGACGAGAGAAGCACCGGGACGUUUGACUGAUUCCCAUAAGCAAAGGAUCCAAUAGAGAAGUGACCUUGAGUGACCUCUGAUCUCGUACGUGUGUGAAAAUGUGAUUAGAGGUUAAGGGGACGAUCCAAGAUUGAGAAAAACGUGUUUACUGCCAGGGAUUAUGGGCACUGAGUGCAGAGAAAGGCA